AUGGUCAUCGCCGCCCAAGCCGCGGCGUCCAGCAACGGGGUUAUCAAUGGUAUCUACGUCAAAGUCAACAACGAGCAAAACUUCCGGCCUGAUGAGCAAGACGUAGUCGGGACAAAACCCGGGCCUUCGAGCUUUGUCGGUGCUCAUACCUUGCUGGCCCACGAUGCGCUGGCGGGUAUCGAGGUGACGUCUAGUCCUCUGCCGGCCUUUACGCCGCAGGCCAAUGCGGUAUUACAGUUUGCAGAAGCCACAACUCUGCCAAAACCACCGCUGCGGGCUGCACUGAUUGACUCAUAUUUCCAGAACGUCUUUCACCGCUAUCCCGUAGUGGACCGAGCCAAUUUGGCCGACGUUGAAUGUUCCACGUUGAUGAAGCAGGCCGUGUGUAUGGCAGGAAGCUUGAUGCGCCAUUCUUCCAGGACGGAUGCCCUGGAACUUACUCAUUCGCUCUAUGAGAAGACUAAGUUGAUGCUUUUCUUGAAUCAUGAUCCAGACCCAGUCACCAGUUUGGCUACACUCUGCCUGAUGAUAUGCUGGAGCCCCCACCCAACGAAUUCACUUAGUCUCGAUUGUCCCUGGCAAUGGACGGGCACUGGUGUGCGCCUGGCAUUACAGAUGGGCUUGCACAAGGACGCUACUUACGUGAACCAACCUGAAGCUGGCCGCCUGCGCCGUCUGUGGUGGAUUCUCAUGAACGCAGAUAGACUGCAGACAGCCUGUUUCGGACGUCCUCUGGGCGUGCGUUACUCCGAUUGCGAUACAAGAUUGCCAUCCCUGGCAGACUUUGCCGGAGUAGAUAUAUCUAGCCACGUCUUUGUCCAAUAUACCCGUGUGAUUGCGGUUUGGGGCGAGAUUGCCGAUAUUGGUGUUCGGGGAGGGUCAACGUCGGUGGCCGUUGUCGAGCAACUCACUGACUCGCUCUGUACUUGGAUCGCGGACUUGCCAGAAGAGAUUCGACUGUUCGACCCCAUGGGAAUGCGUCGACCCUAUCGCCAAUCAGUCUCCGAGCUGCACAUGGUCUACUUGGUAACCAUCAUACUCCUGGAGGCACUAAGCAUCAAGCGCUAUGAACAGUGGUCCACAUCGAUACCUGCUAUCGUCGCUGCCUCGGCCAUCGCACGACUAAUCGAGGAGGUCGACUGUCGGGAGGACCUGAGCUCAAUGUCGUCGACAACGACGUUUUAUGUGAUGGCUGCCAGCAUCCCAUUGAUAUACCACUACCCCAACAGCGCGGAGAGAAGGCAGACUCGGCAAGAGGAGCUACAGAUUCUGUGUUCGGCCCUUGAGCGCAUGUCCCCUAGAUGGGGCGGCGCCUCAGUUGUACGGAAAAACAUCGAAAAGAUCCGCAAUGUGGUUGAACGAUACGCUGCUCAGCAGCAGCACGAGGUGUCGGAGCAAGCAGCAACGGCAAAUUCUGCUUUCAUCUGGUCACAACGGUACAGGCCGAAGGAUCUGUUUCCAUUUCCCGCAGCUCUUUGCUCAAACAUGGUAUUGCUGGACACGAGCGUCGACGAGCCAUUGGACUUUGGUGACAUGCUGCUGCCGCUGGGCGACGAAGCACUCUCUUGGGCUUUCGGCGAGACCCAACCCUAUGAUGACCCCUUCCGACUCAACGUGUACAGUGAAGUGUUCACCAUGGUGGACGAAGCAUCUGAUUCACUGAACUCCGGAUGA